GGGGUAGCUCGCAUCUCAAAGCGCUUUGUUACAGAUGUCGCGUCGGGGUAACACACUGUGCAGUCUGUCCACGAUGUCUACGGAGAAGCUGAUUGAAGUGGUGUACAGGCAUCCUGAACUAUACGACAAGAAUCACAGAGAUUUUAGGAAACUACAGAAGAAGCAACAACUCUGGAAGACAGUCGCCCGUCAGCUGGGAAGUCGGAAUGGUGACCAGAUGAAACGAAAAUGGAAAAAUCUUCGCGAUACCUACGCAAGAUAUUUGAGGAUCAGCUCGGAAGAGGGUUCUAGCACUAAACGGUGGAUAUGGUCUGAAAAAAUGGAGAUUUUUCGCCCCUUUGUGCCUCUCGGGUCAAGUUCUGCAGAAGUGACUGGCCCCGAACCUGAGAGUCCGUCACUUGAAAUGGGGGCAGAAUCAGAAGACAGUGCACACGAGGAGGAGGCUGCACAGGAGUCGGAGCUAAGACCUGGGUGCCCCCCGACACACCCGCAACACGAACUGAUCACCUGUGAUUUGGACGUCAACACUGAAGCACCUGCUGUACCUAAACUGGAAACAGACAGGUUAUCUUUCCAGGAGCAACUGCCAGCAUCUACUGAAGAAGUUUGUGUGCCACCUGGUGCCAAGAUGAGGGCUGCAACGGCUCCCACAGAACCGCAGGCUCCCGUCAUCACUUAUCUAGAAAGCAGAGCGGGUACUGAUGAAAUAGACAGUUUGUUUCUGGCAUACGCCACGACAGUGAAAAAGUUCUCCCCUAGGAGGCAGGUCAUGACUAAACUAAAAUUGGCACAGCUCAUAGCUGAGGAAGAACUCGCACAUGUGGAUGAAACUGAUCUAUUGGCAACACAAACUUUUAACCACUCCACACUACCGUAAAGCACCUGCCAAUUGGUGUUGCGUGUUAUCGUAGAGGUUCUGACAGGCCUCAUUCUUCUCCCUUCGAACUGUUUAAUUACAGAUAAACCUGAAAACAAGCAGUUACAGUUUUACUUGCCUGUAGUGUAAUAGCUGGGUCUUAAUUACUCAACACUGUUUGUAAAUAAACUGUUAACACUUCCUGUGGUUUAUUAUCUGUAUCAUAUUCCUCCACUUUUAUGUAAAAAGUUACACUGAGGCCAACUUCAGCAGUGUCACUAAGUUCACUAUAUAUAUGAGUAAAAGUCACACAUCUGCCCCUCAGAGUAUAAAAUCUAUCUGCUGCAUCACAUGCUAUCCAGAAAGAUGGCAUUCUUGGACAGUGGAGUGCCUUACAAUUUACUAAUUUUACAUGUAUUUUUACAACAAUGAGUUUUUUUGCAAAAUGUGAUGUAUUACAAUUACAGAUUUACGUAGUCUUAUUUAUGUAGUUGUCACAAAAAUACAGUUAUAAAUCAGUUGUUCUGGUUCAACUUCAGCUGAAGUUGCGCCAACUUUUUAAAGUGAGAUUAAUAACAUUUUAAUUAUUUUGUAUUAAGAACAUUAAAUAGUUUCGUUUUGAAAAUAUUAAGUUGAGGGUAGACAGUCCCUAAAUAAUAAUUAUCAAUGUACCUUAAUACAGAAUUUAUGAUGGUGGUGUUUUACAUCAAAUGGCGAAAAUAUGAAGUUCCAAACAAUGUAGGAAAAGACUGUGAUGAACAAAUUUUCAGGUAGUAGGCAGUAUUGAACACAUGAAGGCAGAAAAGGUAAUAAUUAUUAUUACAUAGUGUAUAUAAUGGCUUUUAAA